AGGAAUUUCUAAUAAUUAAUUGAUAGAUAAUUUGUUUAACUAACUUAGACAUGUCGACCGCCCAGGAAACUAAAGGAAUAAUUCAAUAUGUACCUUUCAAAUCUUUCGUUCAUCCAGCCUUUUGGCAUACGCUUAGUGAGUUGAAAUUGAAUGUAGAUAAACUAAACGAGACGACGAAACAAAUACACGGCAUUUAUUCCUUUAGGGACGAUAUUGACGGCAUAUUCGAAGUGGAUGGAACAUCCUUUAACCAGUCAACAACAGAGGAUUUGUUCUCCAUAGAUGUCAUUGGUACAUUGAUAAAUAAGAACACAAUUGAAGAUUUUAAGGGCAUUGACAAAGCAGCGCUUCUCAAUAGUAUAGGAGAAGUAAUAUGGACUAACAUAAAAACUCGGUCCUGGAUAGAUAAACCUAACUCCCUUGUAACUUUUAUUAUACUGUCGUUUGCUGAUCUCAAGAAAUUCCACUACUAUUACUGGUUUGCAUUUCCAACACCAAAUCAACCUACUGUUUAUUUGAAACAAAACAGUACUUCAAUAACUGAUUACUUUAGUCAAGAUGAGUUGAAAAGUCUGACUAUUAGCUUUAAAAAUCUAGACAUGACACAGAAAUGUUUCUUCUGUAUCACCAAAGAUGAUAAAGUUUCUGUGGACUUGCUGUCAACAGUUUUAAAAAGAAAAAAUGGUGAUGAAUUAGACAUUGAUUUCUCGAAGACUUUCUUUGCUUUUGCUGAUCCAAGUAGCGGUGAGAACCCCGGAUGGCCUCUCAGAUUGUUUAUAGCAGCUCUUUUAGAAUAUUCACCAUCAUUAAGAGAAAGGGAGUUUAAUGUCAUUGGUAUCAGAUGCAAAAGAUUAGAAGGUAUUGAAGUCAGUAGAGUGUUCACAAUAAAAACUUGUGAGUUUCAGAAUGUUCAAUCAGAUGGAAAGAUUGGCUGGGUUGGCUGGGAGAGGAAUGACAAAGGAAACUUUGGACCUAAACUUGCCAACAUGUCUGCUUCUAUGGAUCCUAAGAAAUUGGCAGAUGCAUCAUCCAACUUGAACAUCCAGCUGAUGAAAUGGCGUCUGGUGCCAGAUUUGGACGUGGAUAUCAUGAAAGAAACAAAAUGCCUUCUGUUGGGCGCUGGUACGUUAGGCUGCCAUGUCGCUAGAAAUUUGUUGGCGUGGGGCUUUCGUCACAUAACGUUCAUAGACAACGGCAAAGUAUCUUAUUCGAAUCCAACACGUCAAGUUCUGUAUACGUUUGAAGACUGCUUGAAUGGAGGCAAGAAAAAAGCUGAAACUGCUGCCGUGAAUCUCAAGCGUAUUUUACCUACUGUGCACAGUGAAGGCCUAUGCUUACACAUUCCAAUGCCCGGCCAUCCAAUCGGCGAAUCUCUCAAGGACGAGACAAUAAACAAUAUAAACAUCAUCACAAAAGCCAUAGCGGAUCAUGACGUCAUUUUCUUAUUGUUGGACACAAGAGAGGCGAGAUGGCUGCCUACCCUGAUUGCUGCUCAGAUGGGAAAGAUAGUAAUCAACGCGGCGCUAGGAUUUGACAGCUACCUUGUGAUGCGUCAUGGCACAAGCGCGCACGCAAGCAUGCAAGCAAACGCGCAAGCAAAUACGCACUCAGACGCACACGCAAGUACGCACUCAGACGCACACGCAAGUACGCAAGUUUCGAGCGUGCGUGGAUCAAUGUUGGGAUGUUACUUCUGUAAUGACGUCACUGCGCCUGGCAACUCUGUGUCGGACCGCACGCUGGACCAGCAGUGCACGGUGUCGCGGCCGGGCGCGGCGGCGACGGCGGGCGCGCUCGCUGUCGAGUUGCUGGUGGGAAUGCUGCAGCAUCCUGAUAAGAUAGACGCACCCGCGCCAUUCAAAAUGGACGAUGAAACAACAAGCCAAGGCAUAUUGGGUGCCGUACCGCAUUCCAUACGCGGCUUCCUACACAACUAUCAGACAGUGUUGCCGACUUGUGUCAAAUUCCGGCAGUGUAUAGCCUGCUCCGACACUGUUAUAGAUAUGUAUAGAACGGCAGGAACGCAGUUCCUACUGGAUGUGUUUAACAGUGGGAAGUAUUUGGAGAAGUUGACCGGCUUGACUGAGUUGCAGACGCUUGCUGAAAUGACUGAGAUUGUCGCGUUGUCCGAUGAUGAUGAAGAUUGAGAUUCGUCGCCAAACCCGGGUUUUUUUUAUCAAAAACUAGAUAGAUUUAUACUGCGAAAUAUCUUGACACUUAAUUUGAUGAACAUCACCACGUGUUAGGCCAGCUAACUCUUAAGAUAUUUUGACUGGGCUACUCUUAAGAUAUUAACAAUAUGCUUGAAACCACGAAGCUAGUUAUUUUAGUAUGACUUUUCUCGUGGUUUAAUAUAUUAAGUGCAAUAUGCGUUUAGUAGUUAUUUAAUAUACAAGUGAUGCUAUAUUACGAUUCAUUCCAUUACUAUGCUGUACCUGUAAAGCCUGUCAAUUUACGCCAUAUACCAUGCACCAGUGUGGGUUUUUAAUCCUGGACAAAAUAUUGUUGCUCUCUUACCUCGUAGCAGUCGCAUAGACUUAAACAGUGUUUAGGGCUGAAAAUGAAUAUAAGUGUCAAAACACACUAUGCCGAAUUUCCGCGGCGGAAGUUCGGCUUAAUUCCG